AUGGGCAACCCAGAGGCCAACAUGGCAAAACUAGAUGGGGCCAGGUUCUUUUCAAAGAUCUACCUCAUUAAAAGUUACUGGCAAAUCCUGAUGGAGACAGGAUCUAAAGAGAAGACAGCUUUUGUGACAUCAGAUGGAUGUUACCAAUUUAAGCAGAUGCCAUUCAGAUUUUGUGAAGGAUCAGAAAGUGAUGACUGCUACAGGUUCUUCCAUUGGGCAUCCGUGGAUAUAUUUGUGUACUUUAGUCACCAUUUCGUUACAAUUCCUCCAUUAUCAUGGAUCACUGUUUGUCACAAUAAUGGAGUUUCUGUUCUUGGAACAGUUAUAACUGAACAUGAAGAUGGAAUAAAGUUGUGUGAUGAGAUCCUUGAGUCUCAAAAUACUUUGUCUCUGUUGGUUACAUCUUUAGUCUCAAUAGCACGAGAUCAUGAGUUUGAUGGUUGGUUGAUUAAUAUAGAAAAUAAAAUCAAGGAAGAAAAUGUCUCAAACCUUGUUACAUUCCUGCACUGUUUGACAAAAGAAAUGCAUCACCAUGACCCAAAUUCACUUGUCAUAUGGUAUGACAGUGUGACCAAAACAGGAGAAUUAGAUUGGCAGAAUGAACUAAAUGAUAAAAACAGGAUUUUUUUUGAAGCAUGUGAUGGGAUCUAUGUUAAUUACACCUGGAAGGAAGAAAAUUUAAAUCACACCUGCCAAGAAUCAGGCUUGAGAAAGUCUGAUGUGUUUAUGGGUGUUGAUGUCUUUGGACGGGGCACUUUAGGAGGUGGUGGCUUCAACAUUGAUGAACCUUUAAAGCUCAUUGGAGACUACAACUUAUCAGCUGCUAUCUUUGCUCCUGGUUGGGUGCAAGAAACUUUAGGAAAAGAAAACUUUACUGAGAAUCAAUACAAGUUUUGGGGAAAUGUGUGUGAUCUUUUACCUUUACAUGGAUUUGUAGAGUUUCCGCUUGUCACAUCUUUUUGUCAGGGAUUUGGACAGAAAAUGUUCAGAAGAGGAAAGGUAAUAAAAACUCAACCAUGGACUAACCUCAGCCUUCAACAACCACAGCCAUCAUUUCAUGGAAGUCUGGGAUCACCUGGACGAUGUAGUGUACGCAUUUAUACAUGUGAUGGAUUUAAUGGUGGUGGUUGUCUUCAGUUUGGUGGGUCUCCAACUAAUUGGAAUAACCUAGUGUUCAGAAUUUUCGUCUGUAAGUUUCCAGUCAGUGAAGAUGUUCUUAUUACAUAUACUUAUAAGUCAUUAGUUCCCAGUACUAUCUCACUUUAUCUUCAGCUGACCUUAAUGUCUUCUGCAGGAGAACGUUGUACUGUUACUAUUGGGGCAGAGAAUAAAAGUGACAUACAUGAAGCAAAGAAAAAGAAAACUGAAAACAUUAUUCAGAGAUUAAGUCGGGAAGAGCUGAAAAACUGUACGAAGUUUUCUGACCUUCCUGAUGAAACAGAGGAAGGUUGGACGACUAUAUUCUCUGUGCUAAGUUAUUUAGAAUUUCAAAGUCAUACAAUUGAGGAAAUAGGUGUGAAAAUAGCUCUACCAGAGAAAUCAGUUAAACCAAACCUAGAACUUCUACUUGGGCAAAUACAACUGUUGUCUCUACCAGUUGAUAAGGCAACAUAGAUGAAGAACACUGAAGAGAUGGGAUUUAGAUGAAUAUUCAAAAAGUUAAAACUGUAUUGUUUGUUAUGGAACUGACUUCUGGUUUGUUUGAAUACAAUGAUGAAGUGUAAUUUCUUACUUGGCAAUAAAAUAUUAUGCUUGUAUAGAAUAUUUGGCUGAUAAUUCUUUAAACUUGAUGAGAAAAGGAUUUAGGUUUUGAACAUUACUGCAUACAGGUACCUAAAAAUAUGGUUUAUCAUAAAACAAAAUAUGAAUGUAAGGCCACAAACCAUGUUUUAUUAAAUAUUUUAGAAUAAUGAGGAUUUAGGUAUAGAGAGUAGUUAGAAUUGAUUUACGAUUUUAUAAGAUAAAAUGAGUGUAUGAUUUUUUGAGUAAGUGUUUUUGGUAGGCAUUCUAAUUUAUGAUGUUUUGUAAAAAAGAAAUCUCUGUGAAGGACUAGGUAGGUAGAGCAAAGGUUGUAGACUCCAUAAAGUAAACACUAUAGAAUGUUACAUUUGUAAAUAAAUGGAAUGAAGCUAUCAAACUGAAUGAAUAGGCCAGUAGGUGUUUCUAUCCCACUGACAGAAGUAGGAAAAGCCUCUGGAGUCAUGAUUGAUGAAAACAUCUAAUAACGGUUGAGUCUUGCAUGUAGAUUUUAUGGAAGGAUAUCAUGAUUUAAGAUAAUUAGGAUUUGUCAGACAUAUAAAAGUAUUGUAAACAUACUUUCUGUAGCAGAUGGGUUUGAAGUCUGCAGGAUACACUUUGAACCAAGCAUGCUCAUGGUGACAAAAAACAGACUGACAAAUAUGAUUCUCAGUGGAAAACCUAUCACAGCAUGAUCUAUUUGUUCAUAUAGAAUAUUGUUGAAAUGAAAAAUGUUCUCUUUUGUGUGUGUGUGGUGAGUUGCUGCAUGGAUUUGAAGUCAGGUUUAGACAAUUUGUUAAAUAAUGUAAUAGGUUAUUUUGAAGUUUAAAGAAGGAAAUAUUAAUUGUUUUAUCAUGGGGAAAUGUUGGUGAACACAGAAGUAAUAUUAAAACUAUCCAUUAUGUGAUUGUUAAGGGGAAAGAGUAGACUAAUUUCUAGGGCAAAGUAAAAAGAAUCAGGUGUUGUAUGUUCAUUGGUAGUAAGAGGUUUUAAGAAACACAUUAACAAUUAUAACAUUGAAGUAACCUAAUAAGUAUUAAGAAAUGGGAAAUGUAAAUUAGUUACAAUGUGCAUAUUCUGAACAAAAAUGCACAUUUUCUUCAUUUCCUAAAACGUAGCAAUAGUGGCUGAAUUGUUAAAUUGUAUAAUAAAGUAAAUGUUGAGUUGAGCACGAAAGCACAUUUUGCUUAUAAAUCAUUG